UGUGUGAGACAAUCACCAAAGGAUUCUACAUGAGAGUGUAACUCGAUAACUUCAAACUGUCCUUUCUAAAUCUCGAAGAUUUUCGCAAAUGAUUGGUAAAAGUCUGCCUGAAUAUGUCUUUAUACUCAUCAGCAUAGGGCUUCUUCGACUGGUGGCGCCAAUUAGCUUUCUGUACGUUGCAUAUCUUGUCGUUGCUCAACCAGGUUUCGGAUGGCGAACGUCACUGGGAGGAUAUGCUUUAUUGGAGAUAUCUUUUUAUACGUUGAUUUACCUGCCUAGACGGUGGAUGUUACAGAAGCCUGCAGUGCACCCCACCAUUCACACUCGCGAAUAUCGACGGAUGCUUUUUCAGCGAUGUUCGAGCUAUCUAGCAACCUCAGAUUAUCUUUCCGGAUGGUUUUUUUCAGCAGAGCUUAAGAGAGAAAACGUCGUGGACUGGCUCCUCUGGGCUUUGUUCUCUGCAACGAGAGACACUUGUCGAGUGGAAUGGGAAGAAGAAAUAGAGGAAUAUCUCUCGAUGGUGGAAGUUAUCAUUGAUAGAAAGUUGGCCCCUGGAUAUAACAAUGGGGCUCGAUGCAUGCGACCCACGAUUGACAAUGUGUCGAUGUUGCACCGGCCAUUCAUCUGGUAUUUGGUCGUGGGUUUGGUGGAUCUUUUUUCAUCGUUCAGGCUUUGGCGCCAGGGAUUCCACCAUUAUGAUGACGGCGACUGCAUGGCAUCAUUUCCGAUGCGCCCAUGUUGUCUCAUCUCGCGAAGAUCACCAGUAGUCAAGUUACCAUACUGGUAUCGUCAUCACCGAUCAAGCACGAAACUACCCGUCCUUUUUAUACACGGCAUUGGAAUUGGCUUAUACCCAUACACGCCUUUCUUCAAGGAGUUCAUUGCUCUGCAUCCAGAUAUUGGAAUUUUGGCAAUUGAAUUCCUUUCCAUCAGCAUGCGUAUCACCUCCCCUCCACUCUCAAGCUCAGCAACCUGCACCGCUAUAUCGCAAAUUCUGGAUGAUCUCGGACUCGAUCGUGUUGUUGUCUUGUCGCACUCUUAUGGGACAGUCGUCACUACGCAGAUGCUCCACUCCCAUUUAUCCCCUCGCAUCGCAGCGAUACUUUUCGUUGAUCCGAUACCAUUUCUUCUUCAUCUUCCCGAUGUCGCCUUUAAUUUCGUCUACCGACAACCUCGUUUUGCUAACGAGUUACAGCUUUGGUAUUUCACGUCUAGGGAUCCAGAUAUCUCGCGGACCUUGUCGCGGCACUUCUUUUGGUCUGAAAACGUACUGUGGAAAGAAGAACUAGUGGGAAGACCCGCCGCUGUAUGGUUGAGCGGAAAAGAUCAAAUCGUAAACUCGGAGCAAGUCAGAAAAUACUUGACAGAUGAACCAACCCCUUCGGAAUACUGGGCUACGGACACGCUAGAAGUGCUCUUUGAUCCUAAUUCGGAUCAUGCUACUGUCUUUGACACGAGGGGCCGACGCAAGCGUAUAUUAGACGUUCUGGAUCGCUUCGUUGGCCGUCUAGAUUACAGGAAUUGACUCAUUUCACGAUCAGAAAGCAGCCCGUCCGCCAGAUCUCGAUCUCAAACUCCGCAUCUUCACAUGCUGAUAUUGCGCAAAGGCAAUUAUGUAUUAGACAAGCAAACUUUAAGAAAACGUGUUGAGAGGAUAGGGACUGACUCAUAUGAUGGCACUAUAGAUAUGUGACUCAGG